AGUUAGGCGAUUAUCGCGUACGGCGAUCGAUUAACGAAAAUCACCGCGUAAACAAAACAUUAAUAUCAAUUAAGCGCGUGCCGGGAGUUUAAUUGGAACGAAGUCGUCUCGAAAUCGCUUAUGACAGGUGAAUCUGAUCGGGGCCUCCGUUAUUAUUGUUUUGAGGUUUUGCGGAAAUCCGUCGCGUAAUUGGGCGUUAAGUGGGUAAUUCGGGAAUAUAUCAGUUUGUGCAUUAAGGUGUUGUUCGAGGGGCUGCUGGAUGUACGCGAAAUAAAUCGGAGUAGGAGCUCUGUUUUCGGUUAGGAAAAAUGUACACUUUUGAUGGACAUGUGUCGGAAUUCGGCGGCGAUCAGGAGUACAAUGGGCGCACCCAUUGUUCGACCAAUACCCGGCAGUUUUCUGUCACCAGCCUGUUGAGAUUGGGACACAAAAGGAGACAUUCCGGUUCGGAGCCGGAUCUAGAUUCCGCAGAAGAUAUAUCCAACGAGGAUAAGCUGAAGAAGCCGAGACGCAACAGAACCACAUUUACCACGGCUCAAUUAGCGGCGUUAGAGAAAGUUUUCGAGAAAACGCAUUAUCCUGAUGCCUUCGUACGGGAAGAUUUGGCUUCUAAAGUUAGUCUAAGCGAAGCUAGAGUACAAGUAUGGUUUCAAAACCGCCGCGCGAAAUUCCGGAGAAACGAAAGAAGCCUGAACAUCCAGCAAUCGCCGUCCAGUAAAUCCCCGAACAAAACCCCGCCGGUGCCUCUGAAGCCCGACCUGACGGAAAAGGCGCUGUUUCCUUACCAAACCGGCGUUUCUGGUCACGGUGCUUCCCAGGCGCACGCCGAUCUCCAGUACAUCGUGCCUUGGAAAUGCUCCUACACGCAGUACAACCAGCACGAUUUGUACGCGAACAAUUACAAUAAUCUGUCGGGACAAACGUGCGGUUUUUUGACUAAUUCUCAUUUCAAUUACGGGGGUUUGGCCUCCAAUGGGGUGUGCAAUUCGUUGAAUGUGCCUUCGUUAAGAUACAGAUCUCAAGAUUUUAGUUUAUAAUAAUUGGUUAGUCGAUAUUUGUUGUUUAAAUAAAGUGCCUAAUUUUUUUCUUAUACAAGAAGUGCGAAAUUGGUUGUAAUAUGAUCUAAUCUAUGAGUUGAACAAAGAAAGGUGGUUAAUGUAAGAAAGUUGCAAUACCACAAUAUUACCCUUUCUUUUUCCUUUAUAUGA